UAUGACCUGGCACACCCAAAUCUGCAUCCCCAAAUCUAGAAACACAGAACAGUGUUUGUGGCACUUUCAAUAGGGACCAAUUUGUCAGUAUUGAUGCAAUGGGUGAAUAUGACUGACUGAAAGGGAAUAUCUCAGUUACGUAUGUAAUCCUCUUUCACUGAAGGGGAAUGAAGACAUUACGUCCCUCAUACAUGUACCACAUCCCUGAACUACACAGGACAUCACAAAACUGAAUGCAAAUUCCAAUCGCCAGUGUUCAAUAUCCUUAUUGUACCACUCAGAGGUGGUUAGGGUUCCCAUGGGAAACCCUAUAUGUCAAUAUCAAAGUAAUGUCUCUGUUCCCUCGUUCUGGGAACACAUUAUAUAUCUUAACAGAGACAUUUUAAGGCUGUUUUCUUGCUUCGCUCUAACUUGUAUUCUUUGAGGAUUUGUCUGAGACUGACAUCUAACUUACAUUUUAUUACCAGGGUUCCUAGUCCUGGAGAGUCACUUUCACAUAGAGUUUAGUGUGAUCUCUAAAUAAAUGCACCUGAAUCAACUGGUCAUGGUCUAUUCAUAUUCUUAAAUAACAGCAGGAAUGUGACUCUACUGGGGGAACUUGCUUUUAAUACUCACAGACACGCCUGUUUUACCCACAUUAAUCAAACACAGAACCAGGAAACUGGAAUCACAUGAUUUCAGGGAAAGAGAAACUGAAGUGCAGCUGAGCUGUUGUAAGUUUGUGUCUCUGUAUUCACACAGUAAAAUGGCAGAAGCCAGAUUUUCUCAGGAUGAGCUUUCGUGUCCAGUGUGUCUGGAUCUCCUGAAGGAUCCAGUGACCAUCCACUGUGGACACAAUUACUGUAAGAUCUGUAUUACAGGCUGCUGGGAUCAGGAGGAUCAGAAGAGAGUCUACAGCUGUCCUCAGUGCAGACAGACCUUCAGUCCAAGACCUGCUUUAGCUAGAAACACCAUGCUGGCUGAACUGGUGGAGAAACUGAAGAAGACCAGACUCUCUGAUGACUGUUACGCUGGAGCUGGAGAUGUGCAGUGUGACGUCUGUACUGGAAGAAAAUACAAAGCCGUCAAGUCCUGUCUGAUGUGUCUGAACUCUUACUGUCAGAAUCACCUCGAGCAACAUGAGAGUUUCUUUAGAGGAAAGAGACACAAUUUGACUGGAGCCACUGGACGACUGCAGGAGAUGAUCUGCCAGAAACAUGAGAAGCUUCUUGAGGUUUUCUGUUGCACUGAUCAGAAAUGUAUUUGUGUGCUGUGUACGAUGGAUGAACAUAAAAACCAUGACACUGUAUCAGCUGCAGCACAUAGGACAGAGAAACAGCACCAGCUGAAGGAGACGCAGAAGACGCUCCAGCAGAGAAUCCAGCAGAGAGAGAAAGAUCUCCAGCAGCUGAGAGAGACUGUGGAGUCUCAUAAGCGCUCUGCACAGACAGCAGUGGAGGACAGUGAGAGGAUCUUUACUGAGCUCAUCCGCUCCAUUAAGAGAAGCCGCUCUGAGCUGAUACGACUGAUCAGAGAUCAGGAAAAGACUGCAUUGAGUCGAGCUGAAGAACAACUGGAGCGACUGGAGCAGGAGAUCAAUGAUCUGAGGAGGAGAGACACUGAGCUGGAGCAGCUUUCACACACACAGGAUCACAUCCAGUUCCUGCAGAGUUUCCAGUCUCUCUCAGCUCCUGCUGAAUCUACAGACCUUAAUAACGAUGCCUUCAUUUCUCUCGUUUCAUCUGAUGGUCUGAGAGAAUCUGUCCAUCAGCUGACAGACAAACUGGAGGAUUUCUGCAAAGAGGAGCUGAAGAAGAUCUCAGACAGAGUCACAAUCACCAACAUUGUUCUCUGGACCAGGAAGAACUUCCUACAAUAUUCCCAUCAGCUCACUCUGGAUCUGAACACAGUGAAUAAACGCCUCCAUCUGUCUGAGAACAACAGAGUGAUUACUUACACUGGCACAGUCCAGUCUUAUCCUGAUCAUCCUGAUAGAUUUGAUAGUUAUCAGCAGGUGUUGUGUAGAGAGGGUGUGUGUGGACGCUGUUACUGGGAGCUGCGGUGGAGUGGAUCUGUAUUUGGCGUGUAUAUAUCAGUGUCAUAUAAGAGCAUCAGCAGGAAGGGACGGGGUUAUGAGUGUUUAUUUGGAUCUAAUGAUCAGUCCUGGAGUUUGUACUGUACUCCGUCCAAAUACUCAUUCAUUCACAGUAACAUAAAAACUGAUCUUCCUGUAGAAUCCAUGAGCAGGAGAAUAGGAGUGUUUGUGGAUCACAGUGCAGGAACUCUGUCCUUCUACAGCGUCUCUGACACAAUGAGCCUCAUCCACACAGUCCAGACCACAUUCACUCAGCCGCUCUAUCCUGGGUUCUGUGUCGAUCUAGGAUCAUCAGUGAAACUUUGUUGAAUAGAUUGACAAGAAAAUCUAAUGUUUUGAGCUGCAUUCAGAAUUUCUGUCAAUGAAACAACAUGUCAGAAUAAAUGUUUGUAAUAAAUCCUCAUAUAGACAGUAAGAUCAGUGUGUGUGAGUUUUGCUGAGUGAUGAUGUGUAUUACCCCUAAAUUAUAUCAUUACCCACUUUCAAAUUUGUACUGUCAUUUUGGUUCUGUUCCUUUGUCAGGUGUUAUAGAGAGACCCAGUUCAUUCCCACCACAGAAAUCAAGCCUGAGUCAAUGCAUGCUAAGCAGCUAGAGCUAGCAAACCACAUCAGUCCCAUAAGAGGAGCCCAAGAUCCUGGUUGAUCAGGUGUGUGAGCCAGCCAAAUCACCAAUAUACUAGUAGAUAUUUCAGUGGAACUAGAUGAGCAAAAAUGUCUAAUUGAUUGAGAAAUGGAGGUAGUGCUUCCCAACCAGCCCACCCAUGAAUCUUCCUCCUGUGUAUUUUUAUUAUCCCUGAUCUCGCUCUACUCAGAGUCUUUGAUGUCACCAGUCCCAGCCAGCACAAAGUGUUCUUCAUCACACCAGUCCUGUCCAUCUCUGAGUCUGCUUCCUCACCCUGUCUUCCUCUCUUUUACGCUCCACUGAAGCCAGCCAUUCCAUCAGCUCAUGUGACUCAUCAGUAUCAGCUCCUGCCAGCCAGCUGAAGAUUGAACCCAUAUUCCUUUUAGAAAACAGAUUCAACAGCGUGAUCUUGAAGGAACUGUGAAUCAGUUGAGACCUUUGGAGGGGCAGGUGCUCAAAGUAUAAAAGGGGUUCAUGGAACAAGGCUUU